AUGUCGACAAGAAAACCAGACAGGAAAGGAAAAAAAACUUUAAGAUUGGAGAAUGCUCUACAGGAGAAAGAGAUGGUAGCUGGCAAUGGAUUCUUUAAACGAGGUAAUUACGAAUUGGCCAUUGAACACUAUGGAAAAGCUAUAGAGCACGACCCCAAGGAAUCAAUUUAUUUCAUUAAUCGUGCAAUGGCUUAUUUAAAAUUACAAAACGGAUUGAUAUUGGAUAAAAAUAAUGCAAAAGCUUUUUGGAGAAGAGGAAUUGCAAGACAUCUCGAAGAAGCUCUUUUAUUACAACCCGCCGAUAAAGCCAUUACUAGUGAAUUAGACAAAGUUUUGGAUGCUAUAAGAAUGAGAGAGGAGAAAUCAAAUCAAAAAUUAUUAUCUGAAAAUAACAAAUCAAGCGAAAAUAAUCAAGAUACUCCUAAUAAAAGAAGAUUGUCAAUAGAAAUAGUUGAAUUUGAUGAGGAUGAUGAUAAGAUUGUUGAAUUAGCCGGGAAAAAAUCAAAAGAAGAAACAAUUGUAAAAAAUGGCGUUGAUGUCAUUGUUGAAAAUAAUAACAUUAACAACAUUAAUAUUAAUAAUGUUAAUGUUGAUUGGAAAAAAUAUGAACAAAAUGAUGAGAAUUUAUAUCUUUAUUUUAAGAUUAUACCACCUUCUUCAUAUCCAAAGAUAUUCUCAGAUUUCUUUGAAAUUGGCUAUCUUUUAAAAAUUAUGAUUAUUUUGAAAAAUCGUGAUAAUGCAAAUGAUAUUUAUGAAGUCUUGUAUAAUUUAAGUCGUGUCUCAAGAUUUGAGAUGAUUUUAAUGUUUCUCGAAAACGAGAAAAAACAAGAAAUGAAAGAAAUGAUGAAAGGUCCAUUCGAUUUACUAUUCAAAUCAACUAGAGGUUCAUCAAAUCAACAAAAUUUUACAAUGGAUGAUGUAUUGAAAUUGACAAAAAUAUAUGGUGUUGAAUGA